CUCCCGCCGCUGCUUUCGCCGUUGUAUGCAUGGACUUCAACACUAGCAUCGACUACGAGAACGAGAUCACGAAGUUAGACCCACACCUGUUCAGCCCAAGACGCCUCUCGAGCCGUAUUCAGCCUGUGUACAACGGUCGGAUCGUGGUCGUCCGCCUCAUUGCGCACCAAUGCGUCUAUUUUGCCCUUGUGGUUCAUCGCCUUCGAUUGCUUGCCACAAGCCGAGUGGAAACGUCGACAAAAGUUGGCAUCAUCGGAGGUGGACGCGUUGGCAUUGAAGUCGCACUGACGCUACUCGCGGCAAGCUAGCCUGCUAGCGACCUCGCUAUCUCGUCUCGACAGCCCGAUGAGCCUCGAUGGAUGUCUCGAUUGGAUAGUCAAGUCGCUCGGUACAACGACAAUGCCAAACUUGCUGAAGAAAGCGACGUUGUCAUUUUGGCAAUGCCGCCGUCCCAGCUCGCAUCAGUUUGCAUCCAAAUCAAGCAUGCACUACACCUCGGCACCAAGGCGUUGGUAAGCAUCUUGGCUGGGGUGGGCAGUGAACGGGUGAGAAAAGUGUGCGGGUCGCCCAUCACGCUGCUAACUCGAGUGACACUCCCUCAAGCGUUUCGUAUGGAAGAGUUGAGUCCGUCGGACGCCGCAGCUGCGCAGUUUGCAUGUACGUCGUUGAUUGCUGGCACCACAACAAACUCGCUCGAUCUGUAGUGGACAAUUCAGCGGGCCUGCAUGGGCUCUGCUUGGAGUUCGAGAAGCUGGCCAUGUCGAUAGGCAUAAAUAAGCACGCCGCCCGGGAAACCGUUGUGGACCUUGUGUUGGGUCGGCACGGGCCCGAAUCCCACGACACAAAACCCCUGGCACAUUGGCAUGGUAGCUGGGAUACUAUCCUGACGUCGGCCCAAGCCAUUUUCAGCCAAGCGAUCAAUCAAGUCGACGUCCCCAUCGUCGAGCCCAGUCCCUCAGCUGGGCACCGACGUCGAUACCCCAGCUGUUGAUAUCAACGCCACGAACAGGCUCCACAUAGAAAUAUAUUUGGGACGAGAAACCUGGCCUUCGUUUGGGGGAGAGUCAAGUCCGGCCGAAUGUGCACUGCACAUAUCCCCACCAACUCGUUUCCUCAACCAUCGGAUGCCAAUCAAUUAUACCGACAAAGGUAAGUGCGACCCUCUCUACCGCUUCUGACACCGCAGACGGG